CUCAUCCUACCGGCGUGCGCGUUUGAUGAUGUUGAUAAACAAAUUCUAAUUGAGUCAUUCAUUUCCAUCCCAAAAAUGAAUUUAGUUGGGAAUCUUUCGUGUUUAAGCGUUGUCACUGUGCUGUUGUGUCAUAUUAUUUGUGGGCAGAAUGCUGAUGGAGAUAAUUCAGGAAUCAGAAAUGCUCCUACUGUUAUGAUAGCUGUUCUCGCCAGAAACAAGGCACAUACUCUACCGUAUUUUCUGACACUAAUAGAGAAACUGGUUUAUCCCAAAUCACGCAUUUCACUGUGGAUUCGCAGUGAUCACAACGAAGAUAACACACCAGAUGUUCUUAGAGAUUGGAUUAGUUACGCCCAGAAAACUUAUGAUUACCACUCAAUCAAUUCAGAAAUACUCUCAUCGCCACCUUUUCGGCUUGGCGAAGAAACAGGUCCAGCUCAUUGGACCUCUCUCCGAUUCACUCAUGUUAUUCAGUUGCGAGAAGAAGCUCUAGAAACUGCCAGACAGUUGUGGGCUGAUUUUGUGUGGUUCUUGGAUAGCGAUGUUUUUAUUACGGAGCCCAAUGCUUUGAAAGAACUAAUAGCUAAAGAUAAGGUUGUAGCUGCACCAAUGUUGUCAUCAGAUGGAAUGUAUUCCAACUUUUGGUGUGGUAUGACAGAUGAAUACUAUUACAAGAGAACUGAUGAGUAUCAGCCUAUAUACUAUCGUGAACAGACAGGGUGCUUUCACGUCCCUAUGGUUCAUUCCUCUGUCAUCAUAGAUCUUAGAAAAGCAGUGUCCAACAAACUUACAUUUGUUCCCAACAAGAUUGUUAACUACUCCGGACCACAUGAUGAUAUUAUUACAUUUGCUGUUGGAGCCAAUAAGUCAGAUAUCCCAUUAUUUGUAUGCAAUGAUAUGAUGUAUGGCUUUGUUAUGAUUCCUAUGGAGCAAAAUGAUCCACUUGAAACUGACUACGAUCAAUUAGUAAAUCUGAAACUAGAAGUGCUAGCGGAAUUUGACCCUCUGCCACUAAGUGAUGUUAUGGCCAAAUACAUCCAGUACCCAGAACCAGAUACACUUGGUCUAGAUGAAAUCUAUGUUAUAAACCUCGAAAGAAGACCAGAACGCCGAUUAAGAAUGGAGAGGUCAUUAAAGGAGCUAGGUAUUGUCGCCAAGUUCAUUCCAGCAGUAGAUGGCAGGUGGCCCAGUUCGGGCUGAGUGCAGUCCUGGUGCUGGAGGACGACAUUCGCUUCGAGCCCUUCUUCCGCAAGAAGCUGUACAGCCUGAUGGACGAGCUGCGGGACAUGCGUGCGCAAUGGGACCUCGUUUACCUGGGCCGCAAACGCCUGGAGAAGGAGGAGCCUCUGGUGCCCGGCGCCAAGCAGCUGGUGCGGCCCGGCUACUCGUACUGGACGCUGGGGUACAUGCUGUCGCUGACGGGCGCGCGCAAGCUGCUGGCCGCCCGCCCACUGGACAACCUGGUGCCCGUCGACGAGUACCUGCCCAUCCUCUUCGACCGCCACCCCGAGGAGUCGUGGCGGGAUCGCUUCCCGCGCCGCGACCUGGUGGCGCUGUCGGCGGCGCCGCUGCUGCUCUACCCGACGCACUACACGGGCGACAAGGGCUACGUCAGCGACACGGAGAACUCGGAGGUGAUCCCGGAGCCGUUGCGCGGCGCGUCGCGCCCGCCCGCCGCGGACCAGCACCUGCGCCAGCACCGCCAGGGCCACGGCCAGGGCCGCAGCGAGCUGUGAGGGGUCGGGGGGCGCUCCGGCCCUCCCACACCGCCGCGACCAGCACCUGCGCCAGACCCACAGCCAAGGCGCCCGGCCCGGCCCGCCCGGCCAGGGCGCGCUUAUUAACCCUUUCACUCUCUUUUGUACCUCCUUCCCCCUCUCCUUCUCGCUUCCCCCUUUAUUACCCUCUUUGUCCUCAAGACCACUCUAUCUCCCUCUCACACGUAUACCUUACGUCGGCUCUCUGUCUCUCUGCCUCUCUCCCUCCUUCUCUGCCUCUCUCUCUCCGCCCCGCCCUGGACCCGCAUAGCCUACCGUGUUCCUAAUGAUGUGGCAUUAGGUGGCCUGGUCCCGCCGCGCCACGCCACGCCGCACCCCGCAGCGUUACUCGGGAGUGUUUCGGUGAAAAUAGAAGCAAAAAGAAAUGACGCACAAGGAGCUUAAGUUCCGCAGCAGAGAGGACUAUUUUAUUUUUUGCGUCUGCUUGUUUUCGCUCUCUGAGUUUAAGGAGAAAGGGGAGGGGGAGUGCCGCGGAUUCAACUGAAUAUCGCUGUUGGACUAGUGCCUUAAGCCAGAUUGAUCGUUCGACCCACCCGAUGCCAAACUUGGAGCUGUAAUUCGGUCCGAGUUUUCCCUGUCCCGCUUGGAAGGAUUGAGAAUCCAUGCGUGCCAUUAGUCGUGACGGAUAACCCAAGUAUUUCACUAAGGCUAAAUAAAUGACGAAACCCUUGAUAUUAUUAAAGCCACACCUUUGUAUUGAUUUCAAAGAUUUUGUGCCAUAGAUGUGUGUGUCAUAUUUUUAAUAACACAGAGAUCUGUUGGAGUGCCAAAGAAUGUUUUAUUAUGAUGACUUUCGUGUACAAUUGUUGCCAAACUGUUAUUUUUAUGUCUAAUGUAAUUAUAUGUACCUUUGAUAGACGUAAACAGCGCGUACUUACUAAUCGCGGCUCUUACGGCUAGCUAGCAUGCGCUGGUGAUAAAUUAAUGAUGUCAUUGGCUUACUAGGAAACUCUUAUGUCGUUAGAGUAGUGUAGCCAUGUAAUUUUGCUCUUGUUAUUGUUUGGCUGAAAAGUUUUUCCGCCUUAUGUUAUUAUCGUUAGUUUAGGGAAAAUUUCCUCGUGAUGGUGGUACUUACGUAUAGGAGUGUGGAUGUAUGAACUGUUUCCAUUGUUUGUUCCUUAUCUUGCAAAAAUACAUUAUUUUGCGUAUUGAAAUAA